AUCCCUCAUCGUGUCCUUUGUUCGCGAUCUAUUCAAAAACUGUGUUUUUGGCUUUUGGCGCUGGUUUCAUUUGAGCUUCAUAAUCACACACAGCUAUGGUAAAUUCUCAUUUCUUGCAUUAAAGAUACUUUAAUCACACAGUCUAAAAUCCAAUGCUUUUCAAGCCGAAAUCAGUUCGAACCCACUUUUUUGGGUUAAUUUUCUUCCAAAAUUAUAAACGAAAUCUCUGGGUAAAACCCAGUCAUCGUUAUGGCAAAUACAAUGAAGAAGACGAUGAUGAUAAAGACCCAAAGCUUCGAAACACGAAAGAGAACCAGUUAGACCAUUUUUAUUUGUAUAAGAGCAAAGGCCAACAUUUGCUCACUAAUACACGGAUUCUCGACGCUAUUGUUCGAAGAUCGAACAUAAAGCCUACUGAUACCGUCUUGGAAAUCGGACCCGGGACGGGAAAUCUUACUGUCAAGCUACUGGAAGCUGCCGAAAAGGUUGUCGCCGUUGAAAUUGAUAAGAGGAUGGUGGAUGUUCUUCAUAAACGCGUUGCUGAGAAUGGGUUGCAAGAGAGACUCAAUGUUAUAUGCAAAGAUGCAAUGAAGGUUGAGUUUCCUCAGUUCGAUCUUGUUGUGGCCAACAUUCCUUAUGGAAUAUCUUCCCCUCUCAUAGCUAAAUUGGUUUAUGGAAGGAACCCUUUUAGGAGUGCAACAUUGCUUCUUCAAAAGGAGUUUGCACGUCGGUUACUUGCUGAGCCCGGGGACUCAGAGUUCAACCGGUUGGCCGUGAAUGUGAACUUGGUAGCCGAUGUAGAAUUCGUCAUGGACGUAAGCAAAAGGGAGUUCCUUCCUUGCCCGAAAGUCGAUUCCUCCGUUGUAAUAAUCCGACCGAAACCUGAACUCCCUGAUGUUAAUCUUAACGAGUGGAGAGCUUUCACAAGGACUUGUUUUGGCAAAAAGAACAAGACCCUUGGCGCUACCUUUAAGCAGAAGAAGAAGGUGAUGCAGCUACUGAAAUUGGCUAAAACAACGAGCUUGAAUAAAGAAAAUCCUCCGACGGGGAAUAACUACGAAUGUGAUGAGUCUUACGAUGGCAAAUACGAAGAUGAAGAUACCGAUGGUGAAGAAUGUUUUGCAUCCUCUACCUCUGAUCUUGAAAUGAACUUGUUUAAGGAGAAAAUUGUUGGGAUUUUGAGAAAAAGUGGGUUUGAAGAUAAAAGGCCUUCAAAGGUGAGUAAUGAGGACUUAUUACAUUUACUCUCUUUGUUUAAUCAAGCUGGAAUAUAUUUUCAUGAUCAUAUUAAACCAAAUGAUUUAGGUAAUGCAAAUGCUGCUUAUCUUUCAUAGCAGCUUCAUCA